AUGGCUGGUACAGACUACCGUUCAAUUGCUAUGACUGUGGAAGAAUGGGAGCGCUGCGACUUGGAGCUGUCUCCUCCACAUUUACUAGCGGAAGAUGAAGAAGAAAAAGAUGAGAGAAAAUUCGAGGAACAAGUAAUGGGAAAAGAAAUUAAGAAGGGAGGGAAGGAGGAAAUUUCCCAACGCCCAUUUCCUGCUGAUCCAGCAUUCAGAAGAUUAUAA